GAAAAGAAAUUAUUUCCAUGAAGAACGUGGUUUGUAUUAAAAAAUUAAUUUUUAUACUGUGGGACAUAAUUAAUUAAUCAUUUUGAAGCCCACCUUCAUUAGUAUUUAAGUGUUUACGAUUUGCUCUUUGAGAAAUACGUGAGAGGUUUCAGGGUGAGACAGAGAAAGAGAAAGAAAAAGAAAUAUACAUUCGUCAAUGGCGACGCUUUCAGUGCCCAAUCAUGUUCCUCCAGUUUCUGAAGACUCUGAGCGGCUCAGAAAGGCUUUUGAAGGAUGGGGAACUGAUGAGGCAACAAUCAUAAACAUAUUGGCUCACAGGAAUGCACGGCAGCGCACUACAAUCCGACAAGUUUAUGCUGAGACAUACGGAGAGGAGCUCCUGAAAUCACUAGAGAAAGAACUUUCAAGUGACUUUGAGAGGAUAGUUCUUCUGUGGACUCUGCGUCCUGCUGAAAGAGAUGCAUUGCUAGCUAAUGAAGCAGCGAGGAAGCGUGGUAAUGGAGUUUAUGUUCUAUUGGAACUGGCUACCACAAGAAGUUCACGUGAGCUAUUUCAGGCGAGGGAGGAGUACCAUAUUCGUUUCAAGAGAUCUCUGGAAGAAGAUGUUGCACAUUACAUAACUGGAGAUUACCGCAAGCUUUUGGUGCCUCUUUUGACUGCUUAUCGGUAUGAGGGACCUGAGGUGAACUCUUCUCUGGCCCAUUCUGAGGCUAAAAUACUGCGUGAGAAAAUUUCUGAGAAAGCUUAUAAUCACGAGGAGGUCAUCAGGAUCCUCACUACUAGGAGCAAGGAACAACUCAAUGCAACCCUGAACCACUACAGAGACCAAUUUGGCAAUGCCAUUAACAAGGACCUGAAGUCAGAUCCAGAGGAUCGCUACCUCACUUUUCUGAGAGCCACCAUAAAAUGCCUGACUACUCCAGAGAAAUAUUUCGAGAAAGUCCUCAGACUUGCCAUUAAAGGACUUGGAACUGAUGAAGAAGGUCUUACCAGAGUGGUAGUCACCCGUGCUGAGGUUGAUCUGAAACGUAUAAAUGAAGAAUACUACCGCAGGAACAGUGUCCCACUUGUGCAGGCUAUAAAGGGUGACACUUCUGGUGAUUAUGAAAGAAUGUUGCUUGCCUUGCUUGGUCAUGAGAAUUGAUGAGCAGCAUUGUCAUCAGUGUUAUGUGGUAGAUUAAUUGUGUGGUUUUUUUCAAUUUGGUUUCAAUUUCUGUUGUUUCUUUUGGUGAACAUUUUCCUUUCAGUUUGCAUCUUACUCUCAUCUGUCAAUUAGUAAUGGUAUGUGUGUUUCUUUUA